AUGAAGGUUGCUGCGUCAGCACUGCUGGUCGGUGCAGCUUCUGCUGCUAUCGCACCCCAGCAGGUCUUCAAGUUCCCGAAGGAGGCCUCGUCGAAUGACUGGUCGAAGCCGCUCCAGAACCUCGAGGAGUCCCUGAAGUCUCUCACGGGAGAGGCUCGCCAGCUCUGGGAUGAGGUCGCUAUGAUGUUCCCCGAGUCCUUCGAGAAGGCCAACUUCUUCUCCUCCCCGAAGCCCCAUACCCGAAAGGCCGACAGCGAGUGGGACCACAUCAUGAAGGGAGCUGACAUUCAGAGCGUCUGGGUCGAGAACUCCAAGGGUGAGAAGGAGCGUGAGAUUGACGGCAAGCUCGAAAGCUACAAUCUGCGGACGAAGAAGGUCGAUCCUAGCUCGCUUGGCGUCGAUAAGGUCAAGCAGUACAGCGGAUAUCUGGACGAUGAGGAGAACGACAAGCAUCUGUUCUACUGGUUCUUUGAGUCGAGGAACGACCCCAAGAACGACCCGGUAGUGCUCUGGCUCAACGGUGGGCCAGGCUGCUCUUCAUUGACUGGCCUGUUUAUGGAGCUCGGUCCAUCUUCCGUCAACAAGAAGAUCGAGUUGGUUCACAACCCCUCUUCAUGGAACGCAAAUGCGUCGGUCAUCUUCCUUGACCAGCCCGUCAACGUCGGCUUCUCCUACAGUGGCGGCUCCGUCAGCAACACGAUUGCCGCGGGCAAGGACGUCUACGCUCUACUCACCCUCUUCUUCAAGCAGUUCCCGGAGUAUGCGCACCAGGACUUCCACAUCUCCGGCGAAUCGUACGCUGGCCACUACAUUCCUGUCUUCGCCUCCGAGAUCCUCGCGCACAAGAAGAGGAACAUCAAUCUCAAGUCCGUCCUCAUCGGCAAUGGUCUCACCGAUGGCCUGACCCAGUACCAAUACUACAAGCCAAUGGCCUGCGGUGAAGGUGGCUGGCCCGCUGUCCUCGACGCUGGCACUUGCCAGAGCAUGGAGAACGCCUACCCGCGCUGCGCCAACCUCAUCCAGAACUGCUACAAAUCGGAAAGUGCCUGGUCUUGCGUUCCGGCUUCCAUCUACUGCAACAAUGCCCUUCUCGGACCCUAUCAGAAGACCGGCCAGAAUGUGUACGAUAUCCGUGGCAAGUGCGAGGACUCAAGCAAUCUCUGCUACUCUGAGCUCGGCUGGAUCAGCGAGUAUCUCAACAAGAGGGACGUGCAGAAGGCUCUCGGUGCCGAGGUCUCAAACUACGAGAGCUGCAACUUCGACAUCAACCGCAACUUCCUGUUCCAGGGUGAUUGGAUGAAGCCGUUCCAUCGUCUUGUGCCGGGCAUCCUUAAGGAAAUUCCUGUCCUCAUCUAUGCUGGCGACGCCGACUUUAUCUGCAACUGGCUCGGCAACCAAGCCUGGGCUGAGGCUCUUGAGUGGCCCGGCCAGAAGGCUUAUAACAAGGUCCCAAUGAGCGACCUCUUGCUCAGCGAUGACGGCACUAAGAUUGGUGCUGUCAAGUCGAGCGGCAAUUUCACCUUCAUGAGGCUCCAUAGUGCUGGCCAUAUGGUCCCGUAUGACCAGCCUGUGGCUAGCUUGGAUAUGCUGAAUAGGUGGCUGGCGGGCGAGUGGAUCGAGUAG